AUGGAGGUCCCCUCGUCUGCAGCGGCACGCUCCACAGGGGGGCUCCAGGGGGCCACUGCUGGCCCCCAACAGCCCGCAGGGGGAACUCGAGAGCCUCAGAGGCACUCCUACGGCACAUGGGGGCUGCAAGAAGCCUCUACACAAGUCACCUCCAACUCAGGAGGCCAGGUGACCCUACAGCAGGCGCUGGGGGACUCCUCAGCUGCCGCUGCAAGGCCUCCCCUAGGCGCCCCAGAUGAAGAGCCUCCGCAGCAGAGGGCUACUGCCGCUGCAGCGGCUGCAGCAGCUGCGUCGCUGUACACUCCAGCAGAGCUGGAGAAGCUGAAGCACUACGAUGAGGAGCUGUUUGCUGCUCUUGAAGUGUCGCGCUGCUGCUGCCGGUCCGCGCCUAUCGCCUCUUUUGCUGCCAAGUACGCAGCGCAGCAGUCAGACCUCACGACAAAGCGCGUAGAGAAGUAUCUUCAAAGACGGGCCCACAUCUACAGACACGUGGACGAUUUGCUGCUGGGGCUGGGAGGCCUCCUCGACCCAGAGGAGGCAGCAGCUGCUGCAGCAUCUGGUGCAGCAGCCGCUGCAACAGCAGAGCCAGCUUCUCCAGACGGAGCAUCUCCCGACAGUUCAGGAAAGGCAGAAGACGGAGAGCACCACCCGCAGCAGCCGCACGCUGCCACUAACAGCAGCAGCAGCAGCAGCAGCAGCAGCGAGAGCCAGCGGCGAGCCCUGAAAUGGACUACGAAGAAGCUCCGGUGGAUUUGCGAUGACGAGCUGCAGAGGCAUCCUCUCUUGCUGGAGGGCCCCGUAGCUCUGAAGUGCUGCGUCUUCGGGGAAGCCAUAGAGGCUGCUGUCCGCCAGGGCCUGGUGAGCCGCCUGCUCGAGGCCCUCAGCUCUGCGGGGCUAGCCCUAGCAGUUUUAUUAGUUGUGGCUGUUGCUGCUUCUCUGUGUGUUUCUUUUCAGAGAGAUAAACGUUUCUUCUGGGAAGCGCCUGAGGAGCCGCCGGCAUUGCUUUAUCCGGAUACUGCUGCCAGCAGCAGCAGCAGCGGCAGCAGCAGCAGCAGCAGCAAGGACAACAGAAGCAGAAGUGAGGCCUUGCGGCGUGCGAGACGCGAGCAGAUCUUGGUAGAGAUAUUUACUGCUAAUGGAGGCAGCAAGUCGUUUCUGAAGCAGCUUCUGCAGCGGCUAGACGAACUGCCGGACCUACACUUGCCAUUUAGGCCCCCCAGGUCCUUUGAGGGGACCCUAAAGUCGAACUCGGAGUCGACGCCAGCAGUCCCUGGCCAGCAGGUGCUGCUCUGCAGCAGCAGCAGCAGCAGCAGCAGCAGCAGCAGCGGCGGCAGCGCAGCGCCACCCCAGAGUCAACACCAGCCGCCCAGCAGCAGCCAGCAACUGCAAGGCGAAGCCCAAAGUGAGGCACAGGCAGCCCCGACACUUCUUACAAAUGGAAACACCCAGGGGCAGCAGCUAAAUCUUGGCAGCCCCCAAUCACGAGACCCCCUGAGUUCUGCUGCAGCCUUCUCUAGGCCCAUCAUGCAGACGCUGGGUACAGAAGUAUCUGCAGCAGAAGCAGCAGCUCCAGGGGCCUCGAGUGCACGCAGCAACGUGCCUCCAGCAGCAGCAGCAGCUGCUGCUGCUGCUGUCAGGGCUGGUGACACUUGCAGCAGAACAGCAGGGGCAGCUCGCGAAGAGAAUCCACUUGAAGUGAAGCGAGACCAGCAGAACGGGUUUAGGUGCUCCCGCUCGAUGCUUCGCCUUUUGCUGCACGUGGGGCAGCAACACUUGCUGCAGCACCGGGUCUGCCUGAUGUCACCCACUGCAAGAAAGGCUGUUUCUGCUGCUGCUGCUGCUUCCGCUGCUAGAGCUGCUGCUGAUGCGUCGUACGGGGCAGAGGAAGGAAACGACCGGCCUGUUAAUUCACACGGGGAAAGUGUGUGCAGCAGCAGCAGCAGCAGCAGCACCAGGAACAGCAGCAACAAAGCUCCAAACGAUGGCCGCCCAUCUUCCGCUGUCACGGAGAGUGUCUUGACCCGUAAAAGAGAAAGAAGCGCACCGACGUCUCAGCAUGCAGUCGGUGUUGUUGAAGCAGCAGCAAACGGCGGAGUUGCUGCUGCCCAGGCUGCUGCCGCAGUUAUGCCGUCUUCAUCUGCAGCUGCAGCAAACAAUCAUGCUUAUUCUUCCCAGGAGAGCCAGCACGCAAGUAAGGCUACAUCGCCGCCUCUGGUGUCUCCUGCUGUAGCCCCGGCAGCCGCAGCUGCUGCCGUUGCUGCAGCUGCUGCAGCAAGUGCUUGUACAGCUAACAACGCCAGGCCUUCAAGUCCGCGCCAAGACCGACGCAACAAAGCGACAGCCCCUGCUGCUGCAGCUGCUACAGCAAAGAAGCGCAAAACUGGCAUGCCCACCCCCACAGUUCGUGCAGCAGCAAGAGAAGAAGCACCAGCAGCAGCAGCAGCUGCUGCUCCUGCUCUGCCGGGGCUGGCACCGUGGAGCCCUCGCGACCACCGUUUUGUUAGCGAGGGGACAGGACGAAGCGCUUGUUUGCUGCUGCAGCGGAUCGCCAUGAGACUUCUGUUCGCUGCCGCCCUGUGCAGCAGCCAAUACAGCCUCCCAGUGCAGCAGCUGCAGCGGUUUGUUGCUGCGCUUGCUGCUGCCCUGAAGCCCUGCCUGGAAGCUAUCAGAGAAGCCGGAGAGCGAGUGCAGGUGCUGCAGCAGCAGCAGCACCACCACCACCACCAUCACAAGCAGCAGCACCAAGAACAGAACUCCUGCUGCAGUGGAGUGCCUAACUUAGAGGGGACCCUUUUGGACUACGUUGCUAUACCGCUCUGCUACGGACUUGCUGUUGUUGCUGGCCGCCCUUGGAUGGGCAAGCUGCAGCAGAACGCUGCAGCAGAACUCUACGCGCUGCUGUUGGCUGCGGAUGCUGCAGUGCAUGCACACCGUCCGCUGCAGCAGCUAGUAGAGGCACUCAGCAGCAGCGGCUGCAGCAGCAGCAAACUGCUCCAACUGCAGCAAGCGAAGCAACAGCUACAGCAGGAUGCGGCGCUGGAAGAGCAGCACAGUGGCCAGCCAGGCUUCCUCCCCUACCCUCCCCUCCACCCGUCACUGCGAGUUGUGGAGACGCCCCACCCAUACUCACGGCUGCACGCAGCAGGUGCUGAGGAGGCAGCAGCAGCGUGGGCCAGCAGCAAGGGCGUUAAGCUAUCGCAGCAGCAGCAGCAGCAGCAGCACUUCUUCUACGCACACCAGGUUUCUUUCCCUGCUGCGUCGCACAUAGUACUCCUCUUUGACCCGAAGUCCGAGACCGAAGGCUCUCAAGAUGUUCUCACAGUUUAUCGGGGCCUUUGGAGCUGCGCGCCCUCAGAGGCCCCCACAGAUUGUUUGGUAGCUGGGCCUUUCAGUGGCUCCAACAAAGAAGAGCCAGAGGGCCCCCCAGCCAGCAGCACUGCUGCUGCGAGGGCCCCCUGGCCCCGCGAGGCCCUCGUGGUGGAGGCCCAGGCCCUGACCCUCUUCUUCACUGUCUGCGAUAAGCCCAAUACAGCCGCUGCUUCUAGUUUGAGGCCAAAGGGCUCUCUGUGGGGCUUCAGAGUCUACUGCUUAGGCCAGCAGUGGGCGAUGCCGCCAGCAGCAGCAGCUGCUGCUGCUGCUGCCGCUGCUGAGCAAGAACAACCUUGCAGCAAGAAACGAAGCUACACCGCUUUUUACAAGGAAGCCGAGGCUGCCCCAAGACCUGCACCAGCAACUUCUAUUCCCCACGAGGCACUACUUGAGCCGCACAGCAGCAGCAGCCGAAGCAGCAACAGCAACUCCAGCAGCAGCCAGCAAGAGAAUCCUGAGAAGUCUUCGUGUGCCCCGCUGCUUUCUCAACGGCAGCAACAAGAGGGCCCCCACCUGCUGGUAGAAUUCGUGUUGGCUUGUGCUGCUGGUGUUGCUGCAGCAACAGCAGCCCUGCUGAGAGCCCCGCCUCCUGCUGCACACGAGGCGCAACUAGAAACAGCAUUCAGCUCGCUGCUGUUCGCCGGCGGCUACAGGAAGGAGAGGCCCCCCUGCGUGCGCAGGCUGCCUCGCCUCAAGGGGUCCCCCAGCACUCUUAAUUUGCUGCAGCCCCAAGACAAGGGCCCCGACAGCUGCCACCGGGGCCCCAGCAGCAGCUCUCCAAGGGCCGACGAUACAUGCAGUCUGGAGGAUGACACUUUGGAGUGCGGCGGAAGUCGGCAGGGCCGCCAGCGGCUGCAGAGGCAGCAGCCGCAGCAGCGGCAACGGCAGCAGCAGCAGCAGCAGCUGGACUGGCAGCAGCAGCGAGGAAGUGAGAUGCUCACCUCUGCUCCAGAAGCCCCCUUUGCCCCCUCUGCAGCUCACGCACUGCCCCCUCGCGAGACCCCUUCCUCAGCUCUGCCAGCCGAUCUGUCAGAGGGGCCCCUUCGGGGCCACCUCGAGGGGCCCCUAGGGGCCGCCCCUGCACGAGGGCCCUCCUUGCGGCCCUCCAGAGGCGCCUCGGACUUCAACUCUGGCAGCUCCUUCGAGUCUUUACCCCGGCGGAUCUCCCAAACUUCUCAAGCUAGGCCCUCUAAAGGCCCUCAGGACAGCUGCCUGGGGGCCGCAGCUGCAGAGGCCUUUACCCUCACGCACCCAGGCCGUGGCAGCGCGCAGCAGCAGCAGCAGAAGCAGCUACGCCAGGAAGACCUCUCUGUGGGGAGGCCCCAAACGAAUGAGGGGGAUUUGCGGUGUCACCCUGAGGCAGCAGCAAACCCACAGGAAGCUCCUGGAGCUGCUGCGGGACAGCAGAAAUUGGCUGCGCAAAACGGGCUCGCAACGGACGCAGCAGCAGCGACUGUAGCAGCACGUGAUGCUGCUGCUGCUGAGGAAGCAGCAGGCGCAGCAGGUGGCGCUGCUGCUGCUGCUGGGGAGGCAGCACCAGGCGCCUGGCGUCAAAGCCUGGUUCUGCUGCCUCCCGUUGCUGCGCCCGCGUGGCAGGCGGAGCUGCAUCACCUCCAGGCCCACCCAGAAAGCAUUUGCUACAUUCUGUGGAAAGGGGGGCCCCUGGGAAGAGCCCUUGGCCUGGUGCUGGAAGCAGCAGCAGCAGCUGUGGGGAGGCGGGGGCCCCACAGGUCUUUGGGGGCUGUGAGGAGGGCCUCAACUGGGGGCGCGCUCUUGAGCGAGACUGUGGGGGGCCUCAGCCUGCAGCUGGCUAUCAAAGCCUACUGCUGCUGCCUGCUGCACCACCUGCGCAUGCAGAGGCUGCUCGUGUCGCUGCUGCUGGAGCUACUGAAGCGGGAGCCAGAGCUCGCCGACGCAGCGGCAGCAGCAGCUAAACACAACAGCAGCAGCAGCAGCAACAGCAGCAAUUUGGAAACCCUUGUAAGGCGGCAGGCGCUGUGGCUUGCUGACGAGCAGCAGUUUGCUGCUGCUGUGUUCGUCUGGUCUGGGGGACGGACUUUGAGACAGUGGGUGGUGGGUGAGAGGCAGCGAAGCGUAUUAGCUGCUGAGGGCAACAGAAGAGACCUUGCUGCUCUUCCUCGCGGUGCUGCUGCUGCUGCUAAGGAGGAGCAAAGGCGGCAGCUGCAGCAGCAGCUCGAGCAGCAGCAGACUCUCUCCUGCUAUUCUUUUUGGGCAGCAGUUCUCCUGAGCAAGGCAGCUCUUCUCAUGAGGCUAAAGCCUUUUUCUCUUCGGCAAAGAGACAAGGAGGAAAGGCGCCUGCCUUACAGUCUCGUUGCAGCAGGCCUAGAACCCACUGCAACAGCAGCAGCAGCAGCAGCAGCAAGAGCGCACGCUUUCAGAGGAGGGCUUCAGCUUCGGAGGCGAGCGUGCCAAGAUGGCGUGUGGGACAGCAGCAAAAGCAGCAGCCCCAGUGAAAUUCCGCGCCUCGGCAGCAGCAGCUUGACACACCUCAGCAGCAACUGCAGCAGCAGCAGCCUGUUGCUGCACAGCACGGAAGCAGAACACCUUGCGGCUGCUGCUGGCACAGCAACAGGAAGGCAUUCGCUCGCGUCGACCCCCAUCUCCACCUCAUUUGUUGCACACACAGCUGCAGUAACGGCUGCUGCAGUUGCUGCUGCUGCUGCUGCUGAUGCUGUCCCCCAAAACUCAGAAGCAGAUACCACGGAAGAAUACAGUCAGCAAACUCUUGUGAGAGCUUUGUCCUCCCUGGCUGCUUUGGAUGUCAGGGGGCCCUUCAUACCUCUAGGCUCUCCAGAUGCAUUCUCUACCACCAAAGCAGCAGCAGAAGCAGCAGCAGCAGCAGAAGCAAAUGCGCGGACUGCUGCACCAGAUCAGCGGGUAAGCCGCUGUAAGAAGGCGUUUGCCAAGUGGCAGCGCAUGCAGAAGUGGAGGGAAGCGAGGCAGCUGCAGCAGCAGCAGCAACAGCAACAGCAAGAAAUAGAGGCUGCUGCAAAAAGUGUCUCCCACGGAGUUGCUGCAGUUUUCUUUGCGAAGCCUCCUGCUCUGCCACCGACUGCAGCGCGAGCGCUUGCUGCAGCUUCGCGUGCAGUGCAGGCAGCAGCAACAGCUGCUGCUGUCACCGGCACCACUUCCGCCAACUCAGAGACACAAGAGCAACGCCAACGGCUAGCGACUCUUGCUGCUGCUGCUGCUGAGUCGGCUGCUUCUGCAGUGCGUUCGGCAUGCACUGCAGCAGCAAACGCAGCAGCAGCAGCAGCAGGACCCACGGCCGUAGCUGAGUCGCCCGACGCUGAUGCUGCUGCUGCCGCAGGGAACUCCAAAAAGACGCUUGAGACAGUUUUUUCCCAAGGCCGUGACCAACAGCUGUUGUUGGUGCGCUGUCUAGGCAAGGCAGCAGCUGCGGCAGCAGCAGAAAUGGUGAGAGAGGUCACUGCUGCUACGGCUGCUGCUUCUGCAGCUGCUGCUGCUGCCGCUCCAGUAGUGUCGCUUCAGCAGCAAGCAGCGUCGCAGUCGGACUCCACAGUGCUGCAACCGAGUGCUGCAGCAGCACAAGGAGCAACAGACGCGGAGGGCAGGAGCUCGAAUUUCCCAGGUGGGGCAGUUGCUGCCUCUCUCUCCACUGCCUCCGAGGCUGCUGCUGCUGCAGCAGAAGCAGAAGACGAAGCAGCAGCAGCAGCGGCUUCUCCUUCCGGCCCUCUGGACGACCUGAGCUGCAUGGCAGAUGCGCUGCGGCAGCGGCGGCUGCGAGCUGAAGGAAUGCUGCAGGGUCUAGAUUUGCUGCACCACGCGCUGCUGUCUCUGCGGAGCCCCCUGCCCCUUUAUUUGCUGCUGAAAGUGCUGCGCUCUAUGGGCCGCGAGACGCCUUUGGGGCUGCCGCUGCCUACUUGGGUGCAGCCGCCAGAAGAAGGGUCCCAGCUGCAGUACUUGGGUUGGCGGAAAUGCAGCAGCAGCAGCAGCAGCAGCAGCAGCAGCGGCAGCCUUCCCUGCUUACCGCGCUACCCGCUGUUCAGGCCUUACGAGUUCCCGGGGGACGAAGGCAGGGGACCCCAAAGAGAGCAGCAAAAGCAGCAAGGUGACUUUUGCUGCUCCGUCAGGGGCUGUGGGGUGCAGCUAGAGAGGCAGCUGCGGCUCUUUCACUACCGCGCCGUGGCCGUCGCAGUGCAACUGGCGAGCACGCAGCAGCAGCAGCAGCAGCAGCAGCAGUUGUGUGCUGUGCGUGGAGUUGAAGAACUGGCCGCGCCACACGCGGAGGAUUGCUGCGCAGACGUUGCUGCAGCUCCUGUUGCAGCUGCUUCUGCUGCUGCUGUUGCUGCUGCAGCUGAACGUACACAGGAGCCCUUCUUGCCGCAGCAAUGCCUCAUGGUGCGCAAUGCUGCGCUGUCUGUUCUAGGGUUUAUCGCCUUUGCUGAAAGAGACAUAUUAGCGCUGCAACGCAUUGGCUUGAUAGACGUCGCCGUGGCUGGAGCUCUUCCCGCGCAGCAGCAGCCUCAGCAGCAGCAGCCUCAGCAGCAGCAAGAGCAGCUGCCGCCUCCGCCCCUCUACGACAGGCUGCUGCUGCUGCUCAUUGUCUGUCUCCGCGCUGCAUCAGCAGGCCACAGGUCCCGCCUGCUCGCCAUGCGCUUUUGCAUCGACUUGGGGCUGAUUGCAGCUCUGCAAACCGCAGCAGCACAACUUGCUCCGCAGCUGCAGCAGCAGCAGCAGCAGCAACACAACAAGCUGCAGGCAGUCCAGGAAAUGAAACUCUUCUUGUCUUGGGAAUCGACGACUCAUCUCUUUGCUUCCCUCUUGAUCCUCCUUCUAUCGAAGUGUCUGACGUCUGAUUCAUCGGCGCUCUUGCAGCAGCACGUUGCAACAGCAGCAGAAGCAGCAGCAGCAACGGAAGCAGCAGCGGGUACGGCAGCUACCCCACUUCCGUCUGCUGCUGCGGCGUAUGACCACUGGUCUCCCUCCGGAAGCUCUCAUAGCUGGCGCCUGGACCAUAAAGGAGCUAUGGACUUGCAGACUUGCUGCAGCACGCCCUGCUGCUGCAGCAGCCCCGGGGCCUCACUAGAGUGGGGAUGUUUCUGCUGCAGCUCCGCAGCUUGCUGCUUCCGUUUGAUUCUCUCGUCUGAUGCGCUGGGCGCUGCAGUAGCUUUGCUGCUUGCUGCAGGCAGCCCUAGGCUGCAGCGACAGGCCGCGCUGCUGCUGAAGCUGCUGCUGCCCUUCAGCAGCCCCCAACACGCAGCUCGCUUUUUGCUGCCGGCCCUCAGAGCAGUUGCUGAGGCCCCCACUCUCUAUUCUGGCCACCUCAGAGAUGUGCUGCUUAAUGCUGUUGCUGCUGCUGCCAACAGCCGUGGCUGCUACAUUCUGAUGCAUCCUGCAGCCAUACAGCAGCAGCAGCAGCACCUACGUCUGCUUCUGCCCGCACACCAUGGAGACAGAGGGAUCCUCCUAGCAGCAUUGUCAGCUCCAGCGACCCCCAACUUCUUUGCGGCAGCAGAGCCGCCGUCAGCAGCAGCAGCAGCAGCAACUGAAGCAGCAGAGUCAGCAGCCGAAGUCGUGGAGUCGGCUGCGGCAGCAGCAGCAGCAACAGGCCACGCCGGCGCCCUUGCACCAUGGAAUGGGCCCUGUCCCAGCAGCAGCUGCUCACUAAGCGACAGCAGCAGCGCCGCACUGCAGGUCGCAGAAUGCCUUCUAGCUGCUAUUGGCUGCGGGGUGGCAGUGUGCAGCCCGGCGGCUCUUGCAGCAGCAGCUUUUCAGCAGCUCGCAGCAGAGGCGGCAGCAGCAGCAAUCUCAGGCGCAGCAGCAGCUGCACCCGGGCGCAGCAGCAGCAGCGGCAGGCCCCUGCAGCUGCUGGUGUCCCCCAUGGCCUUCGCCCUGGGCGAAUGCUCGUCAGGCCUCUCGCAGAUGUCCCGGCACUGGGAGGAGCUUUUGCUGCACCAGCUGUUCCUUCGCCACAGCGCCAGAAGCGGCAGCAACAGCAGCAGCAGCAGCAGCAGCAGCAGCGGCAGCAUCCCAACCUGUGUGCUCACGCAGAGCCGCACAGCUAGCCAACAAGCUGCUCUGGCCCUGGAGCUCAGGGGACUCCUCAGGCAGCUGCUGCUUUGCUGCCAGUGGAGCCAGCCCAUCCGGCAGCGGAUUCGGCAAGCCAUGGCUUUCAGCAGCGCGGUAUUAGAAAAGGGUCCUCAAGCGCUGCUGCAGGGAGCUGCAGACGACGCCCAGAGGCAGCAGCAGCAGCAGCAGCAGCAGCAGCAGCAGCAGCAACAACAACAACCGCACCAUGACCACCAAGCCAAGCAUCGUCACCGCCAUCACCAUCACACGGAGCAGCAGCACGUCUCUGCAGAGACCCAAGAGUGGCUUAUAUCUGCGUGCACAGCUGCUGGGCAAGCAGCAGCAGCAGCAGCUACAGCAGCAGCAGCAGACGCAGCAGCAGCAGCGGAACUCAAGUGCCACAAAGACGGAGAUACGCCAUGGGGCCAAGCUUUCUGUGAGGCUCUGGGCGCCCUUGCUGUGCUCGGAGGCUCCCCAGAGUUUUUGAGAGUUGGCUGCUCGUUGCAGGCGGAUAGCAGCAACGGCAGCGAACUGCUGCAGCAGCAGCUGCUCCAAAGCAACAGACUCGUGCUGCUGUCGAGGUACGAAGGACUCGCGCUACUGCAGGUCAAGGAAGGAAACAGCUGCAGGCUGCAGCUCAGCCGCCUGACAGCAGGGACAGCUGCAAGCCUUUGCGAGACAGAUGGACACGCGAUUGCUGAUUUGCUGCUCAAAGGUGCCCAGCAGCAGCAGCAGCAGCAGCAGCAAAAGCAGAAGCAGCACAGCCGCCACAGCCCUGGGAGCCCAACGCAGCGGGCGCCCUGGAGCAGGUCUUUCCAGGCUUCUCUUGCCGACACAGCCUCUGCAGCAGCAGCAAGUGGACCAGCAGCGGCUGCGCUGACAGCAGCAGCAAGCAGCAGCAGGGCAGCAGCAGGCCGCAGCGACGAGACAGCAGCGCAGCACUCAGAGACGGAGGAGCUGCUGAAGGAGAUAGUGAGGCUGACUGUUGCAGCAGAGAAAGGAUUACUAGACGAAGAGCAUGAGCCGGCCGAUGCUGCUUUUUCCAAUUCAGCAGCAGCAGCAGCAGCAACAGCAGCGGAUGGGGUGACGUGGCUUCCCGCAGGGCGCGUGGCUUCUCUGUUGCUGCUGCAGCUACGGACCAUGGCGCUUUCGGCGGUGAGCGAGCUGCUGCAGAGCCGGCAGGUCGCUGCUUCGCUGCUGCUGCAGCAGCAGCUGCUGCAGUCCCUCUUAGUCGUCUGCCUCCGCCCCAUUUCCGUGCCUUACCUAGAAGGCCUCGAAGAGCUGCGGGCCCUCUCGCUGCGGCUGCGGCAGCUGCUGCGAGACCGCCUGCAUGGCUGCCUAGCCAUUGAGAACCGGCUGCUGCUGCGGCAAACAGCAGCAGAAGCGCUGCGGCACUGCCCCUUUGCGGGGCUGCCGCUGCUGCUGCCCAGUGCCUGGGAGAGGCGAACUGCUGAGCGUUUCUGCUGCCCCCCGGAGGACUGGACAGUGCUGCUGCAGGACGUGCAGCAGCAGCAGCAGCAGGAAGCCGAAACACAGCCGGAUAAUGAACCGCCGCCAGCCUCCUCCUUCGCUGGUGAAGCUGGGGCAGAGCCUCGCGACAAGAAGCAGCAGCAGCACCAGCAGCAGCACCAGCAGCAAGACGAUCAACUCUUGCUGCUGCAAAACGCCCAAAUUAGCUGCAUCUCUGUUGGACAAAGCCCCUCCGACACACUGGUUGACACAGCAGCAACAAAACAAGCCGUGGGAGGAAAACCAGGAACAGCAGUAACAGCUACGAAGAAAGCAGCAGCUGCUGCAGAUGAGGCAGCAGCAGCAGCAGCAAAGCAGGCAGCAGCUGUCGUAGAGCACUGCAACAGGCUCCAAUGCACUGCCCAGGCUAACAGAGCAAUACCCACGUCUCUCCCUGCAUAUUACUUUGAGGUGUACAUUGGAUUGGACUCGAAGCAACAGCAGCAGCAGUGCAGCAGCUGCGGGGCUCCCUGCGUUGCUGCAGAAAGGGGAGAGUGCGCAGCAGCAGUGCAGCCUUCCUCAGCCUCUGCACAGCAGCAAGAAAAGCAGGUCGGGAGCUAUCGCGCUUGCUGCAGCUGCAGCAGCAGCAACACUGGCGAACAGGAGAGAAGCAGCAGCGGCAGCAGCAAAGAGCCCCUCGUUGCUGUGGGCCUUCACGUGGACGGCUGUGUGCUCAAAACCGGAGACAGCAGCCUUAGCAGCGGGUACCUCUACUGCAGCACAGGCUCGCUGCUGCACGGGGCUUCUGUUGCUGCUGCUGCAGCAGGUCGUGCUGCUGCCUACGGAGUAGGCGACACUGUGGGCGUGCUGCUGAAUGCAAAGCAGCGCCUUAUCAGCUUCACCAAAAACGGCCAACUAGUGGCUGUCACCCCGUGGGCAGGAAGCAACUGCAGCAGCAACUGCAGCAGCAACUGCAGCGGCAACUGCAGCAGCAACUGCAGCAGCAGCGUGGUGGCCUUCAAGGAGGUCCGCGGCUGCUUCCGCCCUGCCGUCUGGGCCUCCGCUUGGAGCGAAGGCCCCCCUUUGCGUCUGCAGGCUAAUUUUGGGGCCUCUCCUUUUUUGUAUCCUUUUGGAACUUCCUUAGACAAUGCGGAUAUGCAGCAGCUCUUUGCAGACAUGGGGCUUCCCCCUGCUGCGCUGCAGCCUGCUGCGCUGCAGCUGCCUCGCAGCUACGCCAGCAGCGGCCAGGGUGCCAGCAACGACGCAGCAGUUUCCGCUGCUGCCCGCGGCGGUGCUGCUGCUGCUGCUGCUGCACCUGCAGCAGCAGGCUCCAGCGCCCGAGACAGCAACGCAGGCGCAGGGGCCCCAACAGCCCCCAUUCUUGUGGGGGCCCUUAGCCAGGAGGCGCUGCAGCGCCGCGCAGCAGCAGAAACACUUCACGAAAUGAUGGGAAGUGGACUCUUCCCUUUAGGACUGUGCGUCUCAGCCUUGAGGCUGCAGGGAGAUGACUUGCAGGCAGCAGCAGAGUGGCUGCUGACCAGCGGCGUGGCCGAGCUGGAGGCGAUGCAGAUGCGCUUCUUAGAAGAAGCAGACUUGCGGGAGGAGCAGGAGCAGCAGCAGCAGGAGCUGCAGCAGCAGGAGCUCGAACAGCACGAGCUCGAGCAGCAGGAGCUCGAACAGCAGGAGCUGCUGCUGCAGCAGCAGGAAGAACAGGAUGAGGAAGAUUUCGAGCCAGCUGAGCUUUCAGGGGCCAGUGGAAGCACCGGCAACAGCAGCGGCCGCAACACUACCAGCAACAACAAUGAAGACAGCAGCAGCAGCAGCAGCAGCAGCAGCAGCAGCCCAGGCGAACAUGAUGUCGCCCCUGCUGCCAGGAGAGGCACCGACACCUCUCUCUAUGCGUUGAUGCAGCAAGCCAGCGAAAACGUAGCGCCGGAGUUUCAGCUGGACAAAAAUUGCAGCAGCAGCAGCAGCAGCAGCAGCUUGUCCGACGAGAUAUCUGCAGCAGUGCUGCGCAGCACCAAGUGGUAUGACGACCUGCUCUCCGCCGCCAUCCGCCACCCUACCACCGGGAUGUCCGGGGCGCCGUCUGCUGCUGCUGCUGCUGCUGCAGGCGCGGGAAACUGGCGAGAUCAGCUGUGCGCCGUUGAGGGCCCCAGUGGGCCCCAGCUGCUGUCGCCCAAGGAGCUGCGGCUGGGCCUCCUCGUGCGUGUUCACCCAGCAGCAGCUUCUCUAGUUCACGGGGUCGCUGUGCUUCCAGAAGCUGCUCCAGACCCUGCAGCACAGGCAGCAACAGCAGCAGCAGCAGCAACGGCCGCCAUAGCAGCCAUUGAGGAAGGCGUAGGCCCAGAGAGGGCGCAGGUGCUGCAACAGUGGGUGCGGAGCACCAGCAACGACGUCAUCAGCAACAGCAAUACCCGCAGCAGCAGCAGCAGCAGCAGCAGCAGCAGCAGCGGCAGCAGCAGCGUCGACUUGUCAGCGGCGUGCCGCGCCGUGCAGGAGUUGCUACAGCCCCGGUCCCAACCAGCUGUGAAUGGCAGCAGCAGGGCCGCCAGCAGCAGCAGCAGCAGCAGCAGAGUAGUAACGACAAAUAUCGUCGAGGGCCUCGUGAUAUCAGCAACAGGAGAUAUGCUGCUGCUGGAAGGGCUCGCGGGCCGCUGCGGCUGCAUAUGGCAGAUAGACAACUUUGAGGAGCUGCGUCUAGUGGCUGAGGAAGGCAGCAGCAGCAGCAGCAGCAGCAGCAGCAGACGCUUAGGCGUCCCAACAGUAGUUCUGGAUAUUGAAGAUGAAGAGACUGGCAUCCGCAGGCUUAUAAGGCUGCCGCAAACCCUUCUGUGCAAGGCGGGGCCCCCUUGGGGGCCCCUUCACGGCCUCGAGGCCCUACUAGAGAAGGCCACCGGGGGGGCCCCCAGAGGCGCCGAGGGCUAUUCCGCAGCGCCAGGGGGGCCCCCCAUUCAGGCGCUGCUGACGUUGCUGGAGAAGCUAGAGGGUGCCGUCGCGGGCCUGCAAGUGCGGCAGGCAGUCCGGCGCAUGCUGCAGUCCUUUGAGGGCCCCUUGGUGGGUCUUGAAGACCUUGGGGGCCUCUUUGACUACUUGAAGCUGUUGCAGCUGAGCUACAGCGAGCUGGGCCCCCCCUGCUUCGCGGGGGGGGGCCCCCACAAGGCCGCCACCCUAGUGUCCAGCUGCCUCGGCGUGUGGCAGCAGAGCAAGGCAGCAGCAGCAGCAGCGCCGCAGAUGCCGCAGCAGGGGCCCCCCUCCUUCAUGGCGUUUUUUCUCUCCAGCGGCUUGGGGGCCCCCACGCUGCUGCCAGUGGCAGCCCAGGGCGACGCAGGGAGUCUAGUGGAGGCCCGUGGGGGCCUCGGAGGCCCCCCGUUUGCGCCCUUCGUAAUUUCGCCGCUGCUGCAGCAGCUGCCGUGCAGCAGCAUGCAGCAGCUGCUGCGGCUGCUGCAGCUGCUGGCGCGCGCGCUGCUGGCGGACGGGCCCCACGGGCAGCUGGUGGACCAGCUGGGGCUCUUCGUGCUGCAGCAGCUGCGCGCAGCCUUCAGCCACCGGGUGUCUGUACACUGCGUCGAGUCCAAACACCCCUUCGGGCAGCACCAAGAAACUCUUGCUGCAGUUUCUUUUCUCCCCUGCCGCCGCCUUCUUGUGCUGCUGGACCCCCGCACGGACUUGGGGGGUUCUGAAGAGGGCUGUUCCCUCACGCUUUCUGCGGAGGAGGAAGACGAGGCUGUUGUCUUUUCCAUGAAGCACUCAGGGGUACUGUUUCCCGUGGUGGAGUUUCUGCUGCAGCAGACUUCGUCUUUAGCUGACAGGCCUGCUGCAGUGUCACUUUUGCGGCAGCUGUUCAACAUGCUGCAGCCGCUUUCUUACGCUCCCGCAGCGACUCUUCGGUCUCCCGAGGAGCAGCGGCUGCUGCGGCUGCUGCUGCAGCAGCAGCUGCAGCAGACGCUGCAGCUGCAGCAGGGCCGCAGCGGCGGGGUGGAGCUGCCAGAGACCUACGCGUGCUGCUGCGCCGGGGGCAGCGGGCUGCCGCUGCACCGCAGCAGCAGCAUAUCUCGCCGUCUGCUGCAGCUGCGCGCAGAGGCUGCUGCAGCCUUCGGGUGUCUGUACAGCCGGCUGGAGGCAGUCACAAACGGCGGCUUUGCCGGCAGCACGAAGCUGCUGUCGGGCAUGGGAGUGCUUGCUGCUGCAGCACAGGCGGAGGCCUCGGGAGAAGAAGCAGCAGCAAGAGCCCGGCUUUCACCUGAGCUCAGAACUGCUACUGACACACACAGGGAAGCCAGCAGAGACAGACUCAGAGCCACAACUGAUUUGCUGCUGCUCUGCCACGAGCACCAGCUCGACCCCCUCAUCCGCGCCCUUUGCAACCUCUCCACACCGCAAGACGCGAGCAGCAGCAGCUCCGAGCAGCAGCAGCAGCAGCAGCAGCAGCAAGACGGGUACGACCCUGUUGACUGCUUUACUCUGUGCCCUGCGGCCCCCAGAUUCUCCCCGCUGGCAGCAAACCCUCAAGCGGCGGCGGCAGCAGCAGCAGCAGCAGCACCUCCUGCAGCACGCGAGGGACAAAAGGAAAUAGAUGCCCAGAAAGCCACCGCGGAGGACUUGUACAGUCCCCCGGGACAAUUGCAGGUGCAGCAGCAGCAGCAGCAGCAGCCUGAUGAACGAAUACGAGAUCAGUCUCGAAUACAAAUCGAUCAGCAGGCUGAGCAGCCGCAGACAGAGGACGCACAGCAGCAGCAGCAACAGCAACAGCAGCAGCAGCAACAGCAAGAGCAGCAGCAGCACUGCGGCCAAAGGCCGCAAACAGGGUCUGAGUUCCUCUCAGCCCUUAGCCUCAAAUGCACUUAUGGCUCCCAAAAGCCUUUUUUCUUGCUGCCGUUUGCUGUUGACGGAUGUCCUGCAGUGAUUGGCCAGCGGCCGUGGCCUCAGCAGCAGCAAGAGCAGCAGCAGCAGCCGCUACAGCAGCAGCAGCAAAGGCGGCACCACCGGCAGAGACAACAUGCACAGCAUCAAAACGACGGGGAUCUCCCUUUCGUAGGAGAGCCGACGGGACAGCCGCUGCAGCAACACGAGCAGCAACAGGAGAUGAUGAACGAGCAGCAGCAACAGGAAUCGCAACAGCAGUUGGGACAGCAGCUGCAAGACUCGAUUGCCUCCCCAUCUAGAGACUCCACUAACACCUCCGAUCAGUCCACGGGAGCCGUUGCCUCUCAACAUCAGCAACAGCAGCAGCAGCUACUGCUGCUGCAGCAGCAGCAGCUGCAGCAGCAGCUGCAGCAGAAGCCGCAGCGGCUGCUCCCAAUCGGCAGCGCCCAAGUCUCCCUGCAGUAUCUGACUGAGUUCUUGCGGCUGCGGCUGCGGAUCCUGAAGGCAACAUUAGGGCCCCACGAUGUAACUUCUCUUCUGGGGGGGCUUUUGUUUUGUUUGGGUGGAGUCUCGCUGCAGCUGCCUCCAGAAAGGGGACUUUGGCUGCCGCUGCUGCAGCUUUGUGGCCUUGUUGCUGCUGCCCACGGGGAAGCUGCAGAGGGCGCGUCAGCCGCUGCAGCAGCAGGCGCAGCAACAGCUCCGAAAGCGGCAGCAGCAGCUCCAGCACUUAGCUCCCGCGGCGUCGCUGGCGUGCAGCAGCAGCACAGCCAGCAGCACCACCAACGAGAGCAGCUGCAGCAAGCCCCGGCACCCGAACCAGGAGCUGCGGCGACGCAGCAGCAGCAGCAGCUGCUGCAGCGCCUCACCAGCCACCUGUCCGCUGAGCAGCAAUUCCUUUGCUGCGCGGCAGUCACAGGCACCGGCCCCGCGGGCGCAGCUGCAGCAGCAGAGCCCCACCCAGCAGCAGCAGCAGCAGCAGCAGCGGCUCCCUCCGUGUCCAGCGCCCUGAGAGAAGCCCUGAUGAAGGAAACCCUGAGGGUUUGGUUUGCUGCUGAAAGAGCAGCAACAGCUCAAGUGGUCUUCAGCGACUACGCAGAAUGGCCUGUGGGGGCCAGUGUUUUCCUCUCGGCCUUUCCUCCUUCUUGGCUGAGUCGCUGUUUGCUGACAGUGGCAUUUUUGAAGCUGUUUGCACUGCAGCGGGACGCUGCGCUGGAGCAGCACCACAGAGCAGCAGCAGCAGCAGCAGCUGCUGCUGCUGCUGCUGCUGCUGGCGAACACGGGAACCUGGGCGGGGAGCUUCUUGAGGGAGAUGACCCCGCAGCCGCAGCUGCAACCUACGCAGCUGAGGUGGCCGCAGCCAGAACGGCAAAUGAGGCAGCAGCAGCAAACGCCGCGCAUUCAGAAUCAUCGUCAGCAGCAGCAACAGCAGCUGCAGCAGCAGGAAAGUGGGAAAAACAAACACCUCGCCAGGGACUUGCCCCUUUGUGCAACUUGCUGUCGAGGUUCUCCUUGAAACCUUCGCAAGAGGCUGUUGCUGCAGCAGAUGCAGCCACCGAUAGCGCGGCCUCCUGCCUGCCGCUGACGCCGCUGCUUCCAGCAGCAGCAGCAGCAGCAGCAGCAGCAGCGGCAUCUGCAACGGCUCCAGCCCCAACAGCAGCAAACUGCGAAGUGGGCGAACGCCAUAAGGGAGGGCUGCUGCCGAGAGUCCAAGUGGAAAGCAGCACCUGUGCUCGCGAUGACAGCAGCAACACCAACAGAACUGGCACUACCACUACCAGCAGCAGCAACAGCAGCAGCAGCAACAACAGCAGCAGCAACAGCAGCAGCAACAACACCAGCAGGAGCGGCAACAGGAGUAACAGCAGUUCAGCAGAAGCCGCUGCUGCUGCCCUGACCCCCCACCUGGCUGGUGUUCAGGAGAUGCUGCUGCGCUGCGUCGUGGAAACAGCAGCAAAGCAGCGCCACUGGCCAGUGUUUCCCGGAGUGGUUGUUGUAGGGGAGCCCCGCACAAAGACGCCCUGUGCCGCCAGCAGCAGCAGCAGCAGCAGCAGCAGCAGCAGCGCGGAGAGUGCCUUGGCUGCAUGCAGAGACGCGUUCCCUGCACCCGUUGUCUCAGUGCCUCUCGACGCCAGGCCCCCCUGCACCUUUUCCUUUUGGCUAUAUGACGAUGAAGAGGAGCCGCCCCCGCCACCGCCACCGCCGCCACCGCAGCAGCAGCAGCAGCAGCAACAGCAGCAGCAGCAGCAGCAGCAGGUAGCUGCUUCACCACAUGAUGCACCUCAGCCGCCCCGGGGCAGUUCCCACACGCGAAGAGCUUCUGGAGCUGCUGCUGCUUCUGCGCAGCCGGUGCCGCCCCCACCUCAAGCUCCUGAGAGCAGCAACGCCAGCAGCAGCAGCAACAGCUACAACAGCAGCAGCAACAGCUACAGCAGCAGCACUAGGGCGUCAGGAUUCUCCGGGGCCCCUGACACCGGAGUGCUGCGCUGGAGGCCCAUGAGGCAGCAGCGCCCCGAAGCAACAGCCCCCAGUCCUGCCUCGAUGGCGCCAGCAGCAGAUUCUCGCAACCAGCAGCAGCAGCAGCCGCCGCAGCAGCAGCAGCAGCAGCGCCAGCAGCCCCUGCUGCAGCAGCCAACAGUCUGGCAGCCCACAAGCCGCAACUCAAGCCAAAGUGCUGGCAGGCACGCAGCAGCAGCAGCUCCCCGAGGUGACCUCCCGUAUGUGGCGUCGCCUGCGCAGCCCCCUGGGGAUUCUCCUUUCGCAAGCCCCUGGAGGCUAGAAGACGCAGCAGAAGCAGCAGCAGCAGAAGCAGCAGCAGCAGAAGCAGCAGCAGCAGCAGCAGUGCCAAAUGCGACCGCAGCUGCACGGCCAGCACCGCGAGAAAGGCCAACAGGGGAUAACCCCCACGGAUAUGGGGGAGGGGGCAUGCAGCCGCCCCUCGAGCAGCAAGGUUUGGUGCCCCAAGAGCAGCAGCAGCAGCAGCAGCAGCAGCAGCAGCAGCAGGGUCUGAGGGAGGACCAAAGCCUGUCGGGGUCACAUGAGUCGCGACAGCGGCUCACUGGACGCCCAAACCCAGUGGCGCAAUCAGAGGUGGAGCCGCAGCGGCAGCAGCAGCAAGACCAGCAGCAGCAGCCGCAGCAAGAUGAGCAGCAGCAGCAGCAACAGCUCGAGGCGACGCACCACGACCAGAGGCUGGAAGUGCAGCGGCGACAGCAGCAACAGGCGCAGCAAAGCCAGGACCAUUUGAACGUACAGCAGCGGCAGCAGGGAACGCGGCAGCAGCAACAGCAGCAGCAGCAGCAGCAGCACGGGCGCCAGCAGCACCAGAACUUUGCAGCCGCUGUCCAUCCGCAGCAACAACUGGAGCUGCAACAGGAACAGCACCGCCUGGACGCGGAGCAGCAAUACGUGGGUACGCAGCACGGUGACACCACGGAAACACAUUUCCAGCAGCAGCAGCAGCAGCAGCAGCAGCAGCAGCAGCAGCAGCAGCAGCAGCGCCUGCACCACUAUCAGCCGCAAUCCAUUUCAGUGCUAGACGACAGCGGCGUCGACUCCCAAGACCGCGCCCCCUCAAGAUGGUACUCCCCCUGGACAGGCCCUGGCGAAGGGGCUGCCCUGGGGGCCCACCUGGGGGGCCCCCCCGGGGCCCCGGGGGCCCCGGGGGCCCCGGGGGCCCCCCGGUCCCCGCAUGCAGGUUUGCGGCGGCAAAUUGUGAGGCGCGGGGGGGGCCUGACGCGCAUAGAGCUGCUGCAGGGGAGUCUUUUUGCGCAGCCGCCCUACAGGCAGCUGCUACAGAGACGGGGGGACGUUGCUACUUCUCCUUCUCCCUUGGGCGCCGCUGCCAGCAGCCCGCAGCAGCAGCAGCAGCAGGCGUGCUACCAGCAGCAGCUGCAGCAAGAGCAGCAGCAGCAGCAGCACGACGGCUGCGGCGCAGCCUGCACUGGCGAAGACCGCCACGUGGCGGACCGGCUGCUGCAGCUGGCCUUGGCGGAAGCCGCAGACGACGCCCGCGCCGCAGGCAGCCCCAGCAGCAGCAGCAGCAGCAGCAGCAGCUCCCCCAACGCGCCUCCCAGCCCCAGCAGCAGCAGCAGUGCGGCUACCAGCAGCAGCAGCAGCAGCUGCUGCAAGUACUGCAAGCUGCCAGAACACCUCCCCCCCUGGCGGCUGGUGUGGCUGCGGGGCUGCGUAAGCGAAACAGUGUCUGUGUGGCUGUCGCCUGAGAACCGGGUGUACGUACAGCUGAGAGUGCCGCUGCAGACAACCACUUAUAUGGAAUACCAAGCUGUUGCUGCUGCGCUGCUGAGCAGCAAACCACUGGUGCGGCGGCGGUGGACCCACGUGGGCCUCAGCGUGGGGGCCCCCCUGGGCAGGGGCCUCCCGCUGGGGGUGCGGCUCUUCUUAGAUGGCAAGGAAGCAGCAGCAGCACCCAUCAGCAGCAGGUGCUGCCUCUGCCAGGGCCCGCUGCCUUUCUGGGUGGCCCCGCUGCCGCUGCCGCUGCGCCUCGAGGAGCUGCUCAAGCGCCCCCCCCACACCCCCCUCACCCAGCAGCAGCAGCAGCAGCAGCAGGCCCACCUGCUGCAGCAGCGGUGGCCCCGCUGCAGGGCCCACUCCAUGAGGGGCCUCAUGGCAGACCUUAGAGUCUACCCUACUUGCCUCAGCCAGCAAGAACUGGCAGCAAUGGUCACUGCAGCAGACCAGGCCUACGGCGGCGAGCGCAUAGCGCAGCUGCUGCACCGCAUGCGCAAAGACGAAGCGCACUGCAGCAGCAGCAGCAGCAGCAGCAGCGGCAGCGGCAGCGCCUGCAGUGGCAGCAGCAGCAGCACUGGGAACCGCAGCAGCAACGCACCACCGGGAGAUUCCGUUGCAGACCACAGGGCUGCUGCGCAGCCGCGAAGCCGAGACCAGCAGGAACUGCUGCUGCUGCGGCUGAGUCAAGACAAAGAGCUGCUGCAGCUAUGGAGGCGGCAGCGGCAGUGGAGCUGCUGGGAAGACACAAGGCGAUCCCUCCCCGCCGAUCCCCGCACUGUUCUCUGGCGGUUCUCAGGCGUGCAGACCCCACCGCAGCAGCAGCAGCAGCAGCAGCAGCAGCAGCAGCAGCCAGCAGUCAGGGGGAAGUGGGAGCUUGUGUUGCAGCACGUGGACUGGCUGUUGAGUGAAGAAGUGCUCGCAGGGGUCCUGAGCAUCUUAGAAGAGGGCGGAGAGGCACUGCAGCAAGGCGAGGCAGCAACAGCAGCAGCAGCACCAGCAGCAGCAGGAAGCGGCGGAGCGGCAGACGGCCGCGUCGACAUCGAUAGCGUGCAGCAGUUUGAGACUUUGUUUCGACAGCAGGAAGCCAAAGGGCAGCAGAAGCACCAGCAGCAAAUUGCUGCGCUGCGGCGGCGUCUUGCUGCUAACCCCAAUUUGUGGGGUGUUGCUGAGGUGUCUCUACAGCUCUGCAGGGCCUUCACGCAGCUGCUUGUCUCCAUUGGACCUUGCCUGGAGCUCUUCUCUCCCAGGCCCUCUUCCUUCUCCCUCACGCUCCAAAGAUUCAGGUCCGCCAGGCAGCAACAGCAGCAGCAGCAGCGGCAGCAGCAGCAAAAACAGCUGCAGCAGCAGCAGCAGCUGCUGCUGCUGCUGCGCUGCCGCCGCCUUCUAGUGUUGAUCGUGCUAGCAAAGGCGGCGGUGCCUCUGCUGUGUUUAGGGCAGCUGCUGCCUUCAAGUCUGAAGCACUGGCUGGUGAGUCUGUCUCUGUCGCUGUCGGAGGACUUGCGAGCUGACGGGCGUUUGCGCGUGGCGAUAAACCGGGCGCGGGCGUUGCGGGCAGGGGAGCGCGCUGCAGCAGCAGCGCCUGCAGCAGCAGCAGCAGCAGCAGCGGGCAGCAGCAGCAGCAGCAGCAGCAGCAGCAGCGGCCUCAAAGACGUCACCAUGCAGCUCGCCAGCCAGCUCGAAGCAGUGCCUCCCUGGCUGCUGCGCCGCAGCACCAGAGUCUGGUUUGUGGCUUAUGAAGGCGAAGGCGGCAUUGACGCAGGGGGCCUUUACAGGGACCUUUUUUCCCACAUUGCUGCUGAACUCCAAACCACCGGCAGCAGCAACGGCCUCCUCCUUCCCUCGCCCAACAGCAGGGGCUUCGGCGAGGACCAGGACAUGUGGCUGCUGAACCCGGGGGCCGUGUCUGCUGCCAGCCUGGGGGCCUACCGCGUGCUGGGGCGGCUCAUGGGAGUUGUGCUGCGGGGGCGGCUCAGCCUCGGGCUGGACUUGCCGCUGCUGGUGUGGAAGCGGCUGGUGGCGCUGCAGCCGGAAGUGCGGGACCUCGAGGCCACGGACGCCCUCGCAGUCCACAUUCUCCGCAAACUGCUGGACCUGGAGUGCGAAGGCGUGGACGCCGCCAGCUUCAGCGAACUCUUCCCCCUCUGCUGGGCCGCGCCCUCAGCCAGCGGCGCCGUCGUCGCGCUGCGGCCAAACGGCGGCGAAGCCCCCGUGGGCUGGGGCCAGCGCAGCCACUACGUCCUCGCGGCCCUGGCCUUUCGCCUGGCCGAGGGGCAGCUGCAGGCUGCUGCGGUGCGCCAAGGCUUGGGAGAAGUCGUGCCGCUGCAGAUUGUGGACCUGCUGGAGCCCCAUCAGCUGCAGCGCCUCGUCUGCGGCAGCCCCUCCAUAGACCUGCAGCUUUUGCGCAGCCACACCAAGUACACAGGCUACGCGGAGUCGGACAAGCAAAUAAAGUGGUUUUGGAGGGCUUUGGAGUCUUUUUCGCAAACAGAACGGCAAAGCUUUCUGCGGUUUGUGUGGGGCCGCUCGCGGCUGCCGCCAGCUCAAGCUGCGUGGGACCAGGAGAUGGAGGUGGCCUUGAAGGCGCCUGCUGCUCGUGUCCCGCGGCCCCAACCUGCUGCUGCUGCUGCUGCUGCUGCUGCUGCUGAAGAGGAGGAGCAGCAGCAGCAGCAGCAGGGGGGGAGCUCGCCCCCCACCAUCACCACGCCGGCCAACGGCGAAGCAGCACGCGCACAGUUCAGCCCCACACCUGCUGCUGACGCGCUGCUGCUGCAGCAGCUCACUGAUGAAAUGCUGCCGCAGUCCCACACCUGCUUCUUCCAGGUGGACCUGCCUCCGUACUCGAGCUACUCUGUGCUGCGGCGGAAGCUGCUGUACGCCGUAACUGAGGGCAUAGCCAUUGACGCUGACAACACAGCAGACGCAGCCAACUGGGACUUAGAGGGGGACUGA